AUGUCAUUUGACAACAUCAAAGGCGCAGCAGCUGCUGUGAAUGCUGUGACCAACUCUCUGUCACUCACAGCUUUGCCCAACCCAGAAAUGGACAUUUCUUUGAUCUCCAAUUUCCAGUCGGAAGAGGAAGUCACGGGCAAAUCUGUGGAGAAAGAUGAGCCUGAGGCUUCUUUAUCUCUUGAUAACCCUACUCUUGAAACCAUGACAGAGAAUCUCAAGGAAGGGGGCAAGAAACGGAUCCCCAAUCCGGGUAGUUCAAACAGUGUUUUGGAGAUCCUCACAGUUUUGGGUACAUCAAUUAAAAGCGAAACUUAUCGAUCGUCAAGGGAAGUAAGGAAUAUACUGGAUGCUGGGAUCUUGAACAACCGCCAUAUCGCAGUCAGUAUUGUUUCUACCAAGAUCACUCUCUUCUCCAAGGCAGCCAUUGGAGCCAUACGCCGCUUGGUUCAUUACUAUCCAUCGGCAUCGCUUGAUGCCGAACAUAUCGAGUUGAGCUCGCCAUACACAUUAAUUGCGCAUUGCCUGAAAGAUCUCGAAUCCUUCUGCGCAGAGGUCCAUGAGACGGAUGCAACCAAAGCCCCUAAUUCCACCACCGUCGAAGAUGACGUGCCGUCAACUCCAACCUGCAACAAAGACACGGUUGAACAUCUUGGCAUACUUAUCGACUUUGUGAAAGAGCAUGUCUUCAAACAUAAGAUAGAAGAGGAGGAGAAGCGACAUGCUCAGUCUCUAUGCACCUUUCGGAUGCUUUGGCUACUUUUCAAGCCAGGGGAUACUGUUUAUGUCGAGUCUGGUGGGCGUCAGGUUGCUUAUGUUGUCCAAUCAGUCCAGGUAGAUGAUUCAAUCAUGGCACCGGAUCGUCGUCGGUAUGAUCCAUACACAAUCACCGUAUGGAAUCUCGCCUUUGACGGGACCUUCGUGAGAAGGGCAAAUCUCAAAGUCUACAUCUCCCAUUUUGAAGGGGAGCGCAGUAUCACAUCGUUGAAAGUCUUUCCUUCUACUUUCCUUGAUCAGAAGGACAAUUGUGAGACUCGCCGGAAACUGGAAGCGAGUGGAGAGAAAUGGUAUGGACUUCUUCGAGGGGCACAGAUGUAUUACAAUGGUCACAUCAUGAGUCCAUCCAAAGGGACACUCGUUGGCCGUGUCUAUAUCGACAGUUCGUCGUACUACUCGCAACACGGUAAUGGACCUGAUGUUGGCGAAGUCGAUGAUAUCGGAGAAGGUCUCGCCAAGUGCCCGUGCGAGCAAUGCCACGGUCGCAGACCACAUCCCCCUGUUCAGUUUCCCUGGGGUAAGUAUGACUUCCUGGACCCAGAUGUAACAGAAAGCCUGGUGGAUGAAGAAUCGCCGCAUGGCGCACGACAUCGAUAUUUAAUCUGCGAGGGGUUUGUUUACGGAUUUGUUCUCAAGUCAAAAAAAUGGGAGAAACUUGAUAUUGAGUGCUUACUUCCCCCGCAGCCGAAUUUAAAAGCUAUGGAGUCCUUGGUAAUGCCAGAAGACAGAAAGGUCAUGAUCAAAGCUCUCGUGGAAAAGUUCUCAAGGGUGAAUCACGGGAAAGGAAGCUCAAAAUCCUGGGGAGCCGACUUCAUCCAGAACAAGGGCGAGGAGUGUAUAGCAGAGUUUACUGGAAGGGCUCUCUUAUCUCUCACCUGUGGUGAUAUUGGUACAGAUGAAGUUGUGAUCGAACAAAGGCUAUCCGAAUGGUUCCGGUUGGCAGAGAAAUGGGGCGCAGUCAUGCUGCUAGAUGAGGCGGACGUCUUUUUAGAGAGAAGACAGAUUUCUGAUCUUAAGAGAAACAGUUUGGUAUCCGACUUUGAAGUUACUAUGCGUGCGAAGAAAUACAUACUUUCUCAACACGCACUCAACGAGAUGGAGUGGAAUGGAAGGGAAAUUCGCAAUAUUUUCCAAACUGCUGUUGCCCUUGCGGAAUAUAGAUUCUCGCGGAAGACCGACAAGACUGAGUUCGAUGGCCCAGUGCUGGACCAACAAGACUUUGAGCAAGUCUGCAAUAUGACUCAAGAAUUUAAACAAUACUUGACAAACAUUCGUGGCAAUGACGAAGAGGAGCGGGCUGGUGCGCAUAAUGAUAGGUUUGAUGACCGUGUCUCCGGACAAUAA